AUGAAGGCCCGUCCGAAACUAUUUACCUAUAUUGGUUAAUUUAGCAAUAGAACCUCAACCAGAAGUAGUGUCUAGCCAUCUAAGGUGCUAGAAGAUAAGCAAGUUGGAAGUAAUGAAGAAAUUCUUGAUCUUAAAUGUUAUUUUGACAAUCCAAUGACAACUCUCUAUGAGCCAUUGAAAAUAAUUCUUGAUAAAUAGAAGGGGUCUAACAAAAAAUCAAGCCUUUUGAUUAAGCCUAUAAGUAUGAUAAAUCUUAAUAUAAUGAGAAGUUAAUCUCAGCCAGAUGACACACCUAAUGAAUUGAGAUUGCCAACAGUACAUUCAGAUGUUACAAGUAUAUAGAAUUAUGAUGGUGGGCAAAGAAGAGAUAGCUUGAAAAACUCCUUCCAUUGA